AUGAGAUAAGAGCCAACCCGUUUCUAAAAACAUUGAUAGUUCCAUGAAUAAAAUCCAUAAUAUUGUCUUCAUUCCUUGUUAACGAAACGAGACUACAAAUAGGACACUCUAAACCAAACCAUCGCUUGAUGAUAAAAAGUUAUUUUUUUAAGGCACCACAAAACUUUUCAAGCCAUCCAUAUUUUCUUCAAGAGUCCCUCCCUCCCCGCCCAUGUUGUCUCCAAAUCUUCUUCAGCCAACUAAAUCAACUUCAAGCAGGCUGACGAUGAAGGAGAAGUCUCUGGUGACAGAAGAGAUGAAAGCCAAGGCUGAAGUUUAUUACGGAGCUGAAACUUGCAGAGAUAAGUUCAUGCUGUUGUUAGCUGACAAUGGUUUGCCCCUUGGUCUCCUAACGAUUCAUCAUCAAGACAUUGAAGAAUGCGGGUAUGUGAAAGAAUUAGGGUUCGUGUGGCUCAAACACAAGGAGAAAAGAGAGCUGAAGUUUGAUAAUGUAGAUGUGGUGUUUGACAUUGAAGUUACUGCAUAUUUUGAACAGAACAGGAUCAAGAACCUCACCGGUGUCAAGGCCAGAGAGUUCCUGAUUUGGAUUUCUUUGCGUGAAAUUUAUGUUAACAACAAUUCUCCAAAUGGGUCCAAUAUUACCUUCAGGACCCCUUCUGGUUUGUCCAAGUCUUUUCCCUUGUCUUUGUUCCAAAGCAGCCAUGAUUUCAAGGAGGUGAAGAACUCGAAGAGGAGGAUAUUUGCACUGUAAAUAUUUUUCACUUGAAGAUAAUUGUAUAACAAAAUUAUCAAAUAAAUUGUUCAUCAACUGUAAUGUAUGCAUUUUAAUAUAUUGAAAAUAUUUUAAUUUAUGUUUA